AUGGGGGGCAAGAAUAGUGGGAAGAAAUUCCAGGGUGUCAAAGCCCUAGGCCUGAGGGAAGUUCCAGGGAGGGAAUCCUUUGGAAGGCCCUAUCAGCAGCCACACCAAGACUAUGACACCUUGCUGGAAACAUGCCUGAGGAACAAUUGCCUCUUUGAGGAUGACAACUUUCCAGCUGACAUGAGCUCCAUAGGCAGAGGGUCUCUGCUGCAGAAGCUGCCCCCAACCCUGCAGUGGAAGAGACCUACUGAGCUUCAUGACAACCCUGUGUUCUAUUCAACCAAAGUAGGAAGACUGGGCCUGUGCCAGGGAGUAGUAGGAAACUGCUGGUUCUUGGCUGCGCUGGAAGCACUCACAUUCCAUUGGGACAUCCUGACCCGGGUGGUGCCCCCGAAGCAGAGUUUCACCAAGAAGUACGCCGGCAUCUUCCUCUUUCAUUUCUGGCAUUUUGGUGAAUGGAUUCCUGUUGUGGUUGAUGACCGUCUACCCGUGGAUGAGGCUGGUCAUCUGGUCUUUGUUUCGUCCACCCGCAAGAACGUGUUCUGGGCAGCUCUCCUGGAAAAGGCCUAUGCCAAGCUCUCAGGUUCCUAUGAAGACCUGCAGACUGGGCAUGUUUCAGAAGCCUUUGUGGACUUCACAGGAGGUGUCACAGCUACAAUUCAAUUAGCAAAGGCCCCUUCGGACCUCUGGGACGUCCUCAUGAGAGUCACUUCCAAGAGACCCCUCAUUGGCUGUCAGACGCACUCAGGAAGGGAAAAGGUUCUGGAUAAUGGACUGGUGGAUGGACACGCCUAUACUCUCACUGAAAUCAGGAAGGUGACUUGCCAUAAUGGACCUGAAUACCUAGUAAGGCUGAGAAACCCUUGGGGAAAGGUCGAAUGGAAAGGAGACUGGAGUGACAGGUCAAAAAAAUGGGACCUUCUGAGUCCAAAGGAGAAGAUUCUGCUUCUGCGGGAUGAUGAGGAUGGAGAGUUCUGGAUGUCCCUCCACGACUUGAAAUUCCAUUUUGUGUCUCUGGUCAUCUGUCAGCUGACACCAGAUCUGAUGAGUCAGGAAGCGGGAAAGAAGUGGAUGUGUUCUCUGAGUGCUGGGAGAUGGGUGAGGGGCAGCACAGCUGGUGGCAGGCUAAGAUGUUACAGAGACACAUUUUGGAUGAACCCACAAUUUCAACUUACUGUCUUAAGUGCUGAUGAAGACAAGAAGUCCUCAAAACCCUGUGAUGUCUUGGUUUCACUUAUGCAAAAAUCUAACAUUCGUCACCGGAACCAAAUGCUUCACCUCCCCAUUGGCAUUUUUCUUUUUAGGAUGAGAAAAUUUUGGAAAGGCAACCACCGGCUGCCCCAGGAGUUCUUCCAGAGAACCACCCCAUUAUUUGUCCCCAAAGACUUUCAGACAGUGAGAGAAGUGAGCUAUGAGUUUUUCCUGGUGCCAGGCACUUACCUCAUUGUUCCCUGUACCUCUGAGCCCUGGCAGGAAUCUGAAUUCAUCCUAAGAGUCUUCUCCAGGAAGCAUGCCUUAUAUGAAAUGGGCAGCAGUUGCAGCUUUGUCCUCUCUAAGGAGAUAGUUGACAGAUAUGAAGGGCAGGAGGAAUUCUUCACUAAACUAUUUGAAAAAUGCCCAGAAAUAGAUGCAAUCCAAUUGCAGGAGAUUCUGAACAACAUGACCUGGACGUACAUGUCCAGCCUGAAGCCCACCUUCAGUAUGGAUGCUUGCCUAGGGAUUCUGGCACUGCUUGAUCUUAAUGCUACAGGCACUGUGAGCAUUCAAGAAUUCCGGUGCCUUUGGAAGCGACUACUGAUCUAUCAGGAGGUUUUCCACAAACAAGACCAGCACAAGUCAGGGUUCCUGGAAUCAGGGCAGCUUCGGGCUGCUGCUCAGGAAGCUGGAAUUUUACUCAGCGAUGAAGUGUGCAACCUAAUGGCCAUUCGAUAUGGCAACUCUAAUCGGAAGAUCGGUUUUGAGAACUUUGUCUACUUCAUGCUUCGGGUGGAGAACGUGGAAGACGCCUUUCGAAACUUGACCCACGAUAACGAAGGAAUAUACCUUUUGAAGUCUGAGGGGUAG